UAGACCUUUUCAUCUGAAUACUCCCCCAACAGAAGCUUGUAGCCUGACAUGCCUUUCCUACAAACUCCCUUCAGAGUCCUUCGUGGCCUCCACGCUCGCGCUCCUCUGCUAAACCCAGCACUAAAGGGACGCUGGUUUUCGGCCGGUUCCCGUUUGCACAAGUCGUCACUUCCCGUUCUCGAGUUUCAACCACAAGGAGAAGUCGAGCACGACCUCAAUACAGAAGGCUCUUUUGUUCCUGAACCAGUUAUUAUUGUCUUGCAGGAAUGGUGGGGCAUCAACGAGCAAAUAAAAGCACACGCGCAACACCUUGCAAAUGAUACUGGAGCAAUCGCAAUUGUUCCUGAUCUGUAUCGGGGGAAGCAAGCACUCGACGCCGCUGAAGCGGCACAUCUAAGAGACGAAUUGGAUUGGCCCGGAGCCAUAGAUGAGCUAUCGAAAUUGGUCAAGGAUUUGAGAAAGGAUGGUAAAAGAAAAAUUGGUUCAAUAGGAUUUUGCAUGGGUGGGGCUCUGUCUCUCGCUCUAGCCGCCAGCAUUGGGCCCACCAAGAAUCCCGGACCACUUAAUGCAUGCGUUUCAUUUUACGGGAUUCCUCCUUUGUCUCUCAUCGACAUUACUCCCAUUCCACUCUACACGCCCGUCCAACUACAUAUUGGGGAAAAGGAUAACAAAAAAGGAUUUAGCGAUCCCGAGACCGCUCGUGCCGUGCAAAGGAAAUGGGAGGAGGUGAUCAGGCAGCAUGGUGGAAGACAUGCGGAAGGAUUCCACAAAUUGGAGGCAAGCGUCUUUUUCUACCCGGGCCAAGGGCACGCUUUCAUGAAUGAUCUUCCGUGGUCGCUUCAGCAACGCAAGGAGCUUGGCUACGAAGGUGGAUUUGACAAGGAUCUCGUUAAUCUUGCGUGGCGGAGAGUUACAAAUUUUUUCAUUGAGCAUUUAAAAACCCUUUGAUGCAAAAAAAACCAUCUUUGGUCUUGCCGGAUAGGCUAGUUGCUGUUGCCUGUAGGACAAUUAAGUAAAACGUAUUAUUGCAAGUGGGACACCGCAUGACAGAGUGCAUGGUACAUGUCCCUACCCGUGACCUGUUUGAAUCUAUUCAAUUAGCUUCUUGUCAAGCUGAACUAAUAGAUCACCUAAGCGUGGAGAAAGGAAGAAAGUUCUGUAGCACAUCGGGCGUUCACCAGUUGACAGAUGACGGGGUUCACAUAGUCC